AUGAGUAAACCGUUUCCUUUUGUCUGCAAGCCUAGCUACCUAGAGGAGGGAUUGCGAGAUAGAUAUAUAUUUCUAGAUUUGAGAGUUCAGAGGAAGAGAAAGAAAGGAAGAGAUGGAUCAGGUUUUACUGGGUCUUGGCUGGUGAAUAAGCUUCUUGACAAAGGCCAUGUUGUGCAGACAAUUCUAAGAAACUUGGUAGAUGAUGAAAGGAAGACAGGGUUGCUGAAGAGCUUUGCAGGAGCAAAUAGCAGGCUGUUCUUGUUUGAAGCUGAUAUAUAUAAGCCAGAGAGUUUUGUGGCUGCCAUCCAAGGUUGUGAGUUUGUGUUCUUGGUUGCCACACCGUUGCAGCAUAAUUCUCACAGCGCCAAGAAAGUUUAUCGCAGCAUCUUACCUAGUCUUUUUGUUAAUUCUUCAGCUCUAUAUUCAAAAUCAUGA